GGAGGGCCACGCCCGCCGCCUCGUCCUCGGGCAGCGCCGCUAAGAUGGCGGCGGCGGCGGGGACAGCGCCCCGCGCCGGGCCCGGGGACCUGGCGGCCGCGGCGGGGGCGGACUAGAGCCUCCCGGGCGCUCCGGCCGGGCCCGGGACCCGGCGCCCAUGCACCCCGUGUCGCCGGCCGCCGCGCAGUACCGCCGCGGGGGCCCGGAGGACGCGCGCCGCCCCGAGGCCCGCCGGGCGCGGGCGCCCCGAGGCCCGGACCCCAACGGCCUGGCGCCCCCCGGAGCCGGCGGCCCCGCGCUGGGCCCGUCCGGAGCCGCCCCCGGGGAGCCGGGCGAGGUGGACAAGUUCAAGGCGAAGUUCCUGACCGCCUGGAACAACGUCAAGUACGGUUGGACAGUCAAAAGCCGGACCAGCUUCAGCAAGAUCUCCAGCGUCCACCUCUGUGGCCGCCGCUACUGCUUCGAGAGUGAGGGUGACAUCCAGCGUUUCCAGCGGGACUUCGCGUCCCGCCUGUGGCUCACCUACCGCCGGGACUUCCCGCCCUUGGCGGGGGGCUGCCUGACCUCAGACUGUGGCUGGGGCUGCAUGUUGCGAAGUGGGCAGAUGAUGCUGGCACAGGGCCUCCUGCUGCAUUUCCUGCCCAGAGACUGGACAUGGGCGGAGGGUGCAGGCCUGAGCCCCCCUGAGCCCGCAGGGUUGGCCUCUCCCAACCGGCACCAUGGGCUUGCCCACUGGAGGCCCCCACGCUGGGCCCAGGGCGCCCCUGAGCUGGAGCAGGAGCGCUGGCAUCGGCAGAUUGUGUCCUGGUUCGCCGACCACCCCCAGGCCCCCUUCGGCCUACACCAGCUGGUGGAGCUCGGACACAGCUGGGGCAAGAAGGCAGGUGACUGGUAUGGGCCAUCUCUUGUGGCACAUAUACUCAGGAAAGCUGUGGAGAGCUGCUCAGAGGUCACCCGCCUGGUGGUGUACGUGUCUCAGGAUUGCACAGUGUACAAAGCAGACGUGGCCCGCCUGGUGGCUCGGCCGGACUGCACAGCGGAGUGGAAGUCUGUGGUCAUCCUGGUGCCUGUGCGGCUGGGUGGGGAGACUCUCAAUCCCGUGUAUGUGCCCUGCGUGAAGGAGCUCCUGCGUUCAGAGCUGUGCCUGGGCAUUAUGGGGGGCAAGCCGCGGCACUCGCUGUAUUUCAUCGGCUACCAGGAUGACUCCCUGCUCUACCUGGACCCCCACUACUGCCAGCCCACUGUGGAUGUCGGCCAGGCUGACUUCCCCCUGGAGUCCUUCCAUUGCACCUCACCUCGCAAGAUGGCCUUCACCAAGAUGGACCCCAGCUGUACUGUGGGGUUCUAUGCUGGAAACAGGAAGGAGUUUGAGACACUGUGCUCAGAGCUGACCAGGGUCCUCAGCUCCUCCGCGGCCACACAGCGGUACCCCAUGUUCACCCUGGCCGAGGGCCAUGCUCAGGACCACAGCCUAGACAACCUCGGCUCCCAGCCAACUCUGCAGCUCCCUCGCACUGGGCGGCUCCUCAAGGCGAAGCGCCCCAGCUCUGAGGACUUUGUCUUUUUAUAAAGGGAUGGGAUGGGGGAGAAGAUAGGACAAACACUAUUUAUUUUUUUAUUUAUGUCACACUGGAUGUGGGAGCUUGACCUCUGGUGGUGAUGGUACUUCCCACUUCUCACCCCCUUAAGCGCAGCUGAGACCAGCCCAGGAAACCUCCAGGCUGGAGCCAUUAAGCCAGGGACGGAGCCCAAAGGCCUGCCUCCUGCCACUUGGGCCCUCACAGGGCGAGGAGGGAGGGAUGGCAGAUGGACUCCCAGGCACCCACUCAGGGCCUGACUCAAGUACUGUAGUUUGCACUGGACUGCUGGUGCCCUCACUGGCCUCUAAGCUCCUGUCCUGCUAAGGGCUGGUGGCAGUGCGGGAACUGGCUGCCUGGGGCCAAUAAAGCCGUCGGAUUUGACCUCA